AAGAUGACGAAAAAGUCGGUGAAAUUGAGGUUUUCGGGCGUCAGGUGGGGACGGGCGUCAGGUGAUCAACUACGGUACCUGAAGUAGAACUACUCUUGGAGAGCACUUUCCAAUCGAGAACUCCAUGGGAUUGUAUGAAGUAUAUCGCCAUGUCAACAAUGUCAUCAUUCCCGAUAAGAUAAGAAACGCGGGGUGUCUCUCGCUUAACCAGGAAGGCACUUCCGGUCAGGUGACUCUGCGGGGUCUUCGUGGCAAGUGGUUCCGGCCUGGACACGCCUCUUUUCUUCUCCAUCGAGCAACAAUUUCCUCGCCCCGCGUUUCCUUUCAUUUCAUCGUGUCAAUGUCUCUGUCUAUACUAUAUCGUCGAUAUACGAUACUAUCGGUUGUUCUUUGGUGAAUGCGGUGUCGAACAUGACAGGAAACCGUCAACCCGCUCCAAGAACGCGUCGCUCCCAUACGCUGGGAGGCUGCAACACCUGCCGACGACGCCAUGUCAAGUGUGACCAGAAACGGCCCUCUUGUCAGAUGUGUAAGGUCACGGGCAUGGAAUGUGAGGGGUUCUCUGAUGAAAUCCGGUGGAUGCCCAGUAGGAAACAGCAGCCCCAUCGAAAUACUAGGUCCCGCGGUGUGAAUAAGCAUGGGGCACGGCGUCACCUUUAUACCGGUAGCUCUCUCCUUUCAUUCUCCGUUGAUUGAUUGCAUCAUACUCGAACUAUUCUUACUCAUCAUUUAGAGCAGUCUAGGCUGUCCAUGAGCGAUGCCUUAGGUGCCGACCUCGUUUCAGGUUCUAUCGACGCCUCCCUGGCGGAGAUCGAUGUCAAAUCGCGGGACCCUGAAAGACCAAUUAGAGAGGAUAUUGUCGUUGGUCCUUUCUCAGUCCUUGACCUUGGACCUGCUCCCGGGGAAACCUCACAGCCCCCGCAAAACCCUGUCGUUGAAAUGGCUGAUGAACUCUCGACCGAAGUUCUUCCAACUGAGGAUCUGAGCGCCAUAUCUCUGACCCGGAUGGAUACUCUACCCGAUCUAAAUGACUUUCUGCAAUGGUCUGACCUUUUCAUGUUGGGCUCAGAGCUUCCAGGAUCAUUCUUUCUGGACCAUUUCAGCGCAACUGAAGGGCCUUCGAUUCUCUGGGAUACUGGAGCUAUUGGCGCAGAGCCUGAGAGCCUGACGUAUCACACACCUCCCUACUCUGGCGAUGACUUGGUGCCGGCGACUCAAGAGGCCACAGUUGAACAACCAAGAAAUGAAAUGUGGUCCUUAACACCUUGCCCAACGCCCGUAGACCUAAAUGGUCUCUCAGUAGGGGUGCCAUCGGACACACCUUUUUUGUUGAGACACUUUCAGGACCAGGUGAUACCCAGGAUUAUGGCAUUCCCGCUGAUCGAGAAACCGCCCUGGAAGCUUUUGAAUGUUCCGUCUGCCCUGGUGACGUAUACCGACCUGACCUUCAUGGGGUCCCAAAGUGUCAGUCAUGCGCGACAGGCAAACCUAUAUUGUCUCCUUGCCUGCUCUGCCAUGCACCUGUCAUUGAACCCAUCAUUUGGCAUCGUUGGCUCUGCCGAGCAUUGGAAACAAUUGACCGAUCGCACUUAUCAUCUAGCCAAAGACCACAUGCAGCGCUCGUUGAAGGAGGAAACAUGUGAACUGAAAAAGGCAAAAUACAAGGACCAGUUAAUGGCCAUUUGUGUCUUGACAGAAUUUGCAGUUCUUUCCGGCCAGCAACAGGAUGCUCGGUGUUACAUGGUCGACGCGGAACGCUUAUUACGCCUCCGCGGACUACCAAAACGCAACAUCUCCCAAAAGGCUCGAUUACUGCACCAUGUAUAUACGUGGCUCAGAAUCGUGGGUGAGAGCACGUACGCCCUUCACGACUAUACUCCGCACGAAUCCAUCGUGCAGAACAUCAAUCGGCAUUCCCGUUCUGAAAGAAUCGCUUCAAAUAGCCAACCAGAUGCGGGAGGGCAGAAUGAUUUGCGCCUUGAUGAUUUUCUUCGUAUUUAUCCGAAGCCGUCAGACAGUGACCUGAACAUCGACGAGCCCAAAGAUGACGAAAUUGGUCUACACGAUAUUCAUCUGUUAGACUCUCGGGAGUUUUCUGGAACUCUCUAUCGACAGGUCUAUGGCAUCCCAGAAACUUGGUUGAGUCUAGUCUCACAAACGACCCGACUUGCCAAUGUCAUGAAAACCCUUGAAGUUUUCCGUAGCACGUCGGAAGAUAAAGAGGGUGCCUUGGAGGCAUUGGAUGUACUUCAGCGACGCAGCGCCCGCCUCGAGAAUAUGAUCUGCUCCUUCAAACAUAGCAGAGCCAGCAAGAAUUCGACGGAUCAGCCCGACAUCUCCGCUGCACCACACAACCAUUUCAUAAGGGCCUUGAACUCGGCCUUGGUCAUAUUCUUUUAUCGGCGCGUGCGUCAGGUGCACCCCUCCAUCUUAGAAGGCCACAUAGACGAUGUAAUCACUGCCCUACAGGAUUUCAAUGCCUCUUUAGCCGAAGGCAGUCAGACGGGCCCUGGUACCGUGUGGCCUUUGUUCAUUGCGGGGUGCGAAGCCAUGACGUCUGCCCGGAGAGAGUCUAUAUUAGGCCUUCUUGAGGCUGGAGAAGCAAAGUGUCAGUUCGCGCCCUUCAGAACUGCCAGGAAAGUGAUGGUGGAAGUAUGGAACUGCCAAGACGAUGGUUCGUCUUGGUCUCAGCGCGAUUCUAUACCUACGUGGCUCGACGUGGUCAAGCGCCGACGGAUCUGGCCCAUGCUUUGCUAG